GUACCUUUUGCGAUCUCCUCUGCUGGUCCUCAAAUAAUCCAAUUGUGCCUGUUUCGCACUGGGGACGAGAGGCGGAGGAUACCUACCAUACGCUGUGCGCGAUAUCCCAUUCCUCCGAACCCGGAGCGCCGCAAAGCGGGCGAUUUUCUGACAGACACGAGAGGCCUCUCGACAUGAGCCCCCCUGAUACCGAUCAUUGAGAGAAGAAUACAGAGAACUCGAAAGAACAUCUUACAGGGUGCCAUGCUGCUCAGAGCGGCGCAGUCGCCCUUUUUGCGGGCGCCGCGGCGACUGGCCGAUCCCCGCUCUACGAUCAUACUUCCGUCGCCAACACGCCUCUGCACCGGAAAUCAGCUACGGAUAUUCACGACAAAUGGAAACCAAUUGAGGAAGCAGACAACCGGGGAGACCCCGUCUCCGCGCAAGCCGGUGGACGUGGUCACUCCGGCGGCUUCCAAGCAGCUGAAAGAGGAGGCGAGGAAGAAGCAGCAGACCACAGAUACAAAGGACUCUGCCAAUGGAGGUUUAUUAAGCGAGAAGACUGUUGGAAACAAGGAGCAGAGGAAAGCAGAUUGGGCGAUUAUGAAAGAGAUGGUAAAAUACCUCUGGCCGAAGGAUGACUGGGGAACCAAAUUACGUGUUGGAACGGCCCUAUCAUUGUUGGUUGGGGGCAAGAUCCUGAACGUCGAAGUCCCCUUCUACUUCAAGAGCAUAGUGGACUCGAUGAACGUUGACUUUGCGGCUGUUGGCGGCACGGCUUACACGGUUGCGGGAUCUAUGAUUAUAGCAUAUGGUACCACCAGGAUAGGAGCCUCACUCUUUCAGGAGCUUCGGAACGCGGUUUUUGCCCGAGUGGCCCAGCAAGCUAUCCGGAAAGUUGCCCGCAACGUUUUUGACCAUCUUCUGCGGUUGGAUCUUAAUUUCCAUCUGAGUCGCCAGACUGGUGGUCUCACAAGAGCGAUCGAUCGCGGAACAAAGGGUAUCAGUUUCUUGCUGACGUCGAUGGUGUUCCAUGUGUUUCCUACCGCUCUUGAGAUAUCUUUGGUUUGCGGUAUUCUGACAUAUCAAUACGGGAUGCAGUUUGCUGCUAUCACAGCUCUGACCAUGGUCGCAUACACGGCUUUCACCAUCACGACGACUGCCUGGCGAACCAAGUUCCGUAAGCAGGCCAAUGCUGCUGACAACAGGGGCGCUACAGUAGCCGUGGAUUCUCUUAUCAACUACGAAGCGGUGAAGUAUUUCAACAAUGAAAAGUACGAAGUGGCUCGAUACGACAGGGCGCUGAAAGCCUACGAAGAUGCCUCCAUCAAGGUCACCACCUCCCUGGCGUUCUUGAACUCCGGCCAGAACAUGAUCUUCUCCAGCGCACUUGCCGGUAUGAUGUACCUGGCUGCCAACGGAGUUGCCCAGGGCACGUUGACGGUGGGUGACCUGGUGAUGGUCAACCAACUUGUCUUUCAGCUGUCUGUGCCUCUCAAUUUCCUGGGUUCAGUCUAUCGAGAACUGAGACAAUCUCUCUUGGACAUGGAGACCUUGUUCAAUCUGCAGAAGGUCAACGUCAAGAUUGAGGAGCGCCCGAAUGCUAAGGUUCUCGACCUGUCCCGGGGAGGCGAGAUCAGGUUUGAGAAUGUCACAUUCGGCUACCACCCCGAGAGGCCUAUCCUCAAGAAUGCCAGCUUCACGAUCCCCGCAGGCCAGAAGUUCGCCAUUGUUGGACCAAGCGGUUGCGGCAAGUCGACGAUUCUACGAUUGCUAUUCCGGUUCUACGACACACAGUCGGGACGCAUCCUCGUCGAUGGCCAGGAUAUCCGUGACGUGACACUGGAUAGUCUGCGCAAAUCGAUUGGCGUUGUGCCCCAGGAUACGCCUCUGUUCAAUGACACGAUCGAGCAUAACAUCCGGUAUGGCCGAAUGGAUGCGUCGGACGAGGAAGUGCGGCAGGCAGCCCAGAAGGCACACAUCCACGGCCUGAUCGAGACCAUGCCGGAAAAAUACAAGACGCCAGUCGGCGAGCGAGGCAUGAUGAUCUCUGGCGGCGAGAAGCAGCGAUUGGCCAUCUCCCGGCUCAUCUUGAAGGAUCCCCCGUUGCUGUUCUUUGACGAAGCGACAUCUGCCCUCGACACAUACACGGAGCAGGCGCUCCUGCAGAAUAUCAAUGAGAUCCUGAAAGAGAAGGCUCGUACGAGUGUGUUUAUUGCGCACCGACUGCGGACGAUCUACGACAGCGAUCAGAUCCUGGUGCUCAAAGAUGGCCAUGUCGCUGAGACUGGUACGCACCGAGAGCUGCUCGAUAAGGAAGGUAUCUACGCGGAAUUAUGGCAGGCCCAAGAACUUUCCCUUGCACAGGAUGCGGAUCUGGAACAGAGUGUUGAACUGGAGGAUGAAGAGGACACCAGCUCGAGCUCGAAUAACGAGCCCAAACCUAAGUCGUAGCUGAUCCCAAGUUCGUGAGGCGUUCGACCGACGGCGCUAUCGAGUGGGCUCUGACCACUUCGCUGGAAUUGGAAGAACGGACCCAGGCUCCCGAGUAGCCGGAACUGCGAUCAAUCGACAUGACCGACAGGGACAGAGAGCUUUGUGUUGGCGCAUCGCACAUCCCAGGCCUGCCGCUUGCGUGUGCUAUGCUAUAUUCUCGCCAUUUCGUGACAGUCUGCGCAGCAGAACGGUUUGGAGGACCUGGCAGUCUGGCAUUAUUAUAAAUUCUCACUGUAUUUAAGAAAAGAGCUGUCAGCGCCGAUAUACAUGUACUUACUGUACAUACUACUACGUAGUUACUACGGAGUACACUACAUACUACUUGCGAAUGGCAGGUCUACCGUCUGGGAGACCACCGUAGCUUAUCGACCACAACCCCUCAUCCAUCUGAAACCGC